AUGGCCAUUCUACCCAUAUCCAACUUUAAAAUUUUAGAAGAAGCACAAAAACGAGGCGUAACUAUUAUAAAAUUACCAUCACAUGCAAGCCAUCUUCUGCAGCCAUUAGAUUUAUCAGUUUUUAAAUCAAUGAAAAACACUUGGGAUGCAAUACUUGUGCAUUGGCAACGGUUAAAUGUGGGCACUAAAUUGCCAAAAGAUGAAUUUAGUCGCCUUCUUGGAGAAGUGUGGCGUAAAUUAGACACAAUAAUAAUUACAAAUGGCUUUAAAAAAGGGGGCUUAUAUCCAUUUGACAGAAAAGUAGUUGCAGACGAAAAAUUUGAUCCAGAAUCAUUGAAAAGGUUCAGAGAACAUAAAACGAUACCAAAACAGAUUCAGACAUUAAAAAAGUUAAGUUUGGCGGCCGUUACCCAAGAGUUGAGCAUUAGCAAAAAUCCCAUAGCAGCGUCAUCAAAAUUAGUUUUGCCAAACCAGGAGAUGAAAUUUGAUAAGUCUAAUGAUUCAAAGAAAGCUAAGAAACAAAAGAAAUGUUUUGAUUAUGACGAAGAAUCUGAAAGUGAAUUAGAUAUUAGUUUUGCUGAAGUUUCCGGUUCUGCUGAACUUUCUGAUGAAGAUUUUGAUAACUAUCGUGAAAACUUUUUAGCGGAAAUAAAAAGUGAUGAUAACUUUCUCGAAUAUUUGUUGCAAGCCACAACAGAAGAAAAAGAAAAUGACAAAUCUUACGUAAAUAAUGAUGUAGACACUACAAAUAUUGAACAAUUUGAACCGAAUUUAAACAAAAAGAACCUAGAAUUCGCAAAAAUGGACCCAGAAGAAAGACUACGUCAUAGGCUAAUGGCAGUUCUUGAGGAAUCAGAUUCGGAUGUGGAUAUGUGUGACCAAGAAUCAGCUGAAGAAGACCAUGUGAGUGAACGUAGUCAAGAGAGUGACACGGAACAAGAGGCCUCAGAUAGCGAUGAUGACAGUAUCCCGUUGUCCAUGCUUCGAAACCAAGCACGUUCUGAUAAUAUUGAGGCAAAUCCUUGUGUGCAACAGGAAUCCCGUACAAUAAAUCGUGAGUCACAACUUCCACAUUAUCUUGGCAAAGAUGGAACGGUUUGGUACAAGACACCGUUCCGUCAAAAUACUCGGAUCAGAGCUGAAAAUAUUGUAACGCAACGCCCAGGUGCAGCUUCUGUGGCGCAAUCUGCUAUGACUGAAAUAGAUUGCUGGUCUCUUUUUUGUACUGAAGAUAUGCUAGAAAAUGUUUUCAGAUAUACUAAUGCACGCCUAGCUCUUGUGGGAGAUCAUAUGAAAAAACGCAAAGACGUUGUGCAAUUGCCUCGAGCAAUGCGAAAAAAGAUCGGUCGAUUCGUUGGCGAAACUUCAGCAGAACCUCCAGCAAAAAAGAGCAAUGUUCGCAGGAGAUGUCAGGCGAUCCCAUUAGAGAAGUUGGAAGAUACUCUCGCAGACUUAUUUGCUUUGUCGGACGGCGAAAACUCCGAAGACGACAAUCAGAGUGAUGAAGACGAGAAUGAAGCAGUUUUCUCAUCAUUUACCAGUACAGAACCUGAGGAUAUUUUAUUUGGAUCUGGUCUGAAUGAAUCACAGCCAACAACAUCAACAGUUUCGAUUCUUCCGUCAUCUUCUAAUAUGGAUAUAUCUGCCACACAUGAUAGUAUUACAGGUAGUACUCAACCUACUCCCUCUAAUUCUAGAAUGUCUUCAAUCACAAGACCUGUUACACCUGUAGUUACACAAGCUGAUGACACGGAUAACUCGGAAGACAGUUCAGAAAAUAACUCGGAAGAUGAUGGCGAUGAAGAGUGGAAAAAAGUGCAAUUUCCACACAUCCCGCCUACUGAGAAAUUUGAUGAAAUUUUACUGCGACCAUCACAGUUUUUUCCUAAUCGAAGUUCUCCUCGGACAUAUUUCAAUGUUUUUUUGAAUGACGAAGUCCUAUUGAACAUAGUUGAUCAGACAAAUUUAUACGCAGCCCAAAACCGACAGAAAGAUUGGGAUAUUGUAACAUUGCAGGAGCUAAAAGCUUUUUUUGGUAUUUUGAUACUUAUGGGCAUUCACGUACUUCCAAAUAUAUCUCUCUACUGGUCUUCCGAUCCUAUGUUCCGUGUGGCAGAGAUUGCUAAUGUUAUGACAGUGAAGAGAUUUAAAAAGAUUUUGGCAAAUUUACACCUAAACGACAACAGUCAAAUGCCCAAGAGAGGUGAAGAAGGGUAUGAUAAACUUUACAAAAUAAGGCCUAUGAUCAAAAUUUUGAAUAGUGCUUUCCAAAGUGGUGGAGUGUGCUCAUCAUCGCAAAGCAUAGAUGAGUGCAUGAUUAAAUUCAAAGGGCGUAGCACUCUGAAGCAGUAUAUGCCAAAAAAACCAGUAAAACGGGGUUUCAAAGUGUGGUCGCGCUGUGACAGUCUGACUGGAUAUUUGUAUCAGUUCGAGAUUUAUACUGGAAAAAAAGAUGACGCCACUACAGAGGUUGGAUUAGGAGCCAGUGUGGUAAGAGAACUAUCAAAAAAUCUUAUUGAUGAAAAGGUUGAGAAUACUCACAUCGCUUUUGAUAAUUUUUUUGCGUCCCAUGAGCUAUUGCAGUACCUAUUUGAUAAUAAUAUUUAUGCAACUGCAACUCCCGCUACCAUCCACGUCCCCAAAUUUCCUUUCAACAUGACAUUAAGUUCGUCUCCAAAUACGUCACUGAACGCACUUCGAAACACACUACCAUCAAGCGAUGAAUCUCCCGAGUCACCAUCAAUAUUAGUGACAAAUGAUACAGUAGAAAAUAGUGCAGGUCAAGUAGCAGAAAACAUGCAAGGAAAAUUUUCAGAGAAUGACCCCAAUAAUUAUAAUAUGAGUGAAGGAAGGAAAAGAAUAAAGAAAGCUGAGCCGGCUGAGUGGAAGAGAAACAUCAACAAAAAACUGCAAAUUGAAGGAAGAGCUUACUUAGGUUUUAGAAAAGUUGGAAAAACUGUCGUACAAGAUACACCAAGAAAAGAACGAAUGAUGAAGCCAACAUGUUCUAGUAAUGUUUGUUUAAAGUCUAAAAACAUUGCUCAUUAUUUAUGA